AUGGGGUUUCAUCAUGAAACCCCUCGAGAUGACACGCCUCUUCUCUCCAAGGCACCACCUCUCUCCUCAAAAUCCAAGACCUUUGCCAACAUCUUCAUCUCCAUCGUUGGUAGCGGCGUGCUUGGUCUCCCAUACAGCUUCAAGAAAACGGGUUGGUUCAUGGCCAUGAUCAUGCUUUUCCUCGUUGCAUUCCUCACUUACCACUGCAUGAUGCUCCUCGUCCACACUCGUCGCAAGGUUGAAUCCAAAGUGGGGUUCUCCCAAAUCAACUCUUUUGGCGAUUUGGGGUGUGCAGUUGGUGGCACCUUUGGUAAAUUCUCCAUUGAUGCCAUGAUCGUGCUUUCCCACUGCGGUUUUUGUGCCAGCUACCUUAUUUUCAUUUCCACCACUUUGGCUCAUCUGGCUGGUGACACUUCAGCAUUGUCCUCGUUUUUGGCGCCAAAGGUGUUGUUUCUUUGUGGUUGCUUUCCCUUUCAGUUGGGGUUGAAUGCGAUUCCAACUUUGACCCAUUUGGCUCCUUUGAGUAUAUUUGCUGAUGUUGUUGAUUUUGCAGCUAAGAGUAUCGUGAUGGUUGAGGAUGUGUUUGUGUUUUUUAAGAAUAGGCCUCCUUUGAAGGCUUUUGGUGGUUGGUCCAUGUUUUUCUACGGUUUAGGUGUGGCUGUGUAUGCUUUUGAAGGAAUAGGGUUGGUUUUACCGUUGGAGUCAGAGGCUAAGGAAAAGGACAAAUUUGGUAGGGUUUUGGGUGUGGCGAUGGUGUUUGUUUUUCUGUUGUAUGCGGCUUUUGGUGCUUUGGGUUACAUUGCUUUUGGUGAAGAAACUCAAGGGAUUAUCACUACCAAUCUAGGACAAGGAACGGUGAGUGCUUUGGUGCAGUUGGGUCUUUGCAUUAAUCUGUUUGUCACUUUUCCGUUGAUGAUGAAUCCAGUUUAUGAGGUGGUUGAGAGGCGGUUGUGUGACACUAAGUAUUGCUUGUGGUUGAGAUGGUUAUUGGUGUUGGUGGUAUGCUUGGUGGCCCUUUUGGUGCCAAAUUUUGCAGAUUUUGUGUCUUUGAUGGGGAGUAGCAUUUGUGUUAUUCUUAGCUUUGUGUUCCCUGCCAUGUUUCACUAUUUAGUGUUCAAAGAGGAGUUGGGCUGGAGCUGUGUGGUGAGAGAUGGGGCAGUUGUGGUCUUUGGGUUAGUUAUUGCAGUUACAGGAACCUGGUCCUCCUUGAUGGACAUUAUUGCCCCUACGGCUUGA